GAAAAGAGCAGCUACUGGGAGUAGUAUUACAGCAAAUUUGGUGAUUCACCUAAAAGAGAAACCGCCCGGUCGAACGGAAAGGACGACUUUCCAAGAUGACAAAGGUUAAGGUCUCCUUCAGAAGAGGACCAUCAGGACAUCUAAGGCAGGAUCCUUCAGAUGAAGCUAGGAGGAUCAAAGACAACCCCUCCCUACGGGACAAGUCGGCACCUCAGAGAGAGCAGGUGGUGAAAGAGAAUGCCUCCUCCAUUGUUUUUAUGAGAGGGGGGGAUAUAUCUGACAAACAAGAGGUGUUGGGAGAAUAUGUGCUCCAGUUUGGAAAAUACAAAGGCAAAUCUUUUCGGUGGCUCCUGGAAAAUGAUGUUGGCUACACCUUAUACCUGAUCAGGAAGGUUGAGGAUGAGAAGGCUGGACAGUUUAAUCCAGAGGGACCCAAGAAGGACAAUCUACUGUCUUUUUUAGAGUAUGUGAGGGGCUUCCAAGAAAUUGUGGACCUCAUACACUACCUGGCAGGAAGAUCAACACCACCACCUGUCAAAAGUGAGGAUGAGAAUUUGGUUGGGUUUGGAGUCCGUGCUGGCAAGACCUGGAAGGGUAUUUGGGACAGUAGGGAUGAUGGGUAUGCAGCUUUUAUCCUCAAACAGCGAUGCGUACCAGGCAGCAAAAUGUACCGACUACAGCAGUACCUGAGGCUGAAGCACAGCAAUCUUCAGAUGACACUGGAGGCAUCUGCUCCCUCAAGACCAGCACUUCCAGACACUUCUACUAAUCCUCCAGAAAUAGAGGAAGAUGAGGAAUUGGAGAGGAUGAUGCUUGAUUGGUCCCCUUCCAAAACCGAAGGCCCGAUGAGUGAGAAUCUCACAUGCACACACACACAGUCACUCGUCAGGAUUCCAUUUUUUAUCUGGAAGCCAGAGCAUGCUAUGAUGCACAGAUUGAGGAACAACUACAUUUUGCCUUGUCUGUACGGCUGCCUUAAUCCUCAGGUUACCUCUGCUGGUAUCGGACGGCCAAGGGUUAUCACAGGCAUCAGUGGUCAGUACUACAUUUUUGCUUCACGCCUUUGCUGCAAAGUGUGCAAGAAGUAUUGGCAUGCUGACAAACCACAGUGGCUGGAGAAGUUGCCGGCACGUUUCAAUAACAUCUUUCCAGCCUUCAUCACCUACAAAAAAGCCAUCUGCAAAGGAGUAAUGGCUGAAUUGAGAAGGACUGGGAAGUCGCCAAAUGAUAUGGCCAACCAGCUUACAGAAAUGCUGCACUUUAAAUACGAACGAGCCAACUUUGCGUAUCUUCUCAGUGUUCAGAACAUCAAGGAUGGUGAGGCAGGGCUGUAUGGGCAGAGAACAAUUACUGGAUUUGCCAAGAAAUCUGAAUUGCCUGCUGCCUUUGGGAAGUAUGAAGACACGGAUGGCUGGUGUGGUGUCUCUGUCAGUGCACAUUACCAGGUGGACAGCCUUAUCCAGGAGUACAGACGGCAAGAAUCAGUUCUCAAUCAACUGCUGCAGGGGCACAUUUGGUCAGGUCAUCAGAUGUGACCACAGAAGGCAGGCGACCAGGGAAGUGACAUUCAGUUCUGGCACCAUGUCAUCAUAUGCAGUCAUGAAUGAGAACUGGAUGAUUUUGUCCUGGGUGAUGUUGCAGUCAGAGUGAGAGUCUUCACUGGAACCAUUAUAUGAGAGUCUUGCUCGCUGCUACAGUGCUGCUGGUGUCCAGAAAGCAAAGUACCAGUGGGUGGACAGGGAUUGCUGUGCUGCCUUAAGUCCUUGAUCCUGCUCCACAAGAACAUUUGCAGUGUGUAUCAUGGAAAACCACAGAGGAUAUGGUGGAAGAGGUGAUUUCUGGGAACGUGCUGUUGUUAAACUUGAUUUGUUCCACUGCAUGAGGCGAUUUCUUCGUGAAUGUGUUUCAGAGCCUCAUUCACUCAUUCAUUUUCCUUGCCACUGUCGCCUUUGGCUUGCUCACUGGGGGCUUUGGGUGAGGAUGCUGUAAAGCGCUUUGAGACAAUGUAAUGUUGUGAUAAUGCGCUAUAUAAAAAUAAAUUUGUUGUUGUUAUAC